AUGAGUCCACAAGCCUAUUUGAUUGAUUUCUUACGAUUUAAAUCUCCUCAUACUAGUGAAAAUAUUCAACAUAUGACCGAAGAAGUUCUUGAACGUUUCGAUAUGAAGAAGAAAGUAUUCAGAAUAAUCACUGACAAUGCAUCAUCAAUGAUUAAAGCAUACAAAUUUGGCUUGUCUUUUGAUGGUGGUGGUGGUAGUGAAAAUGUUGAAGUUGAUGAACAAAGCAACCAGUUUAUCACAGACAUUGUUCUAAUGAUUGAAGAUUUUGAACAAAAAUUUCAAUCAGACAAUUUACAAAUGGCAAAUACUAAGAUGUCAGUCGUUCCAAUUGCUUAUUCUGAACGUGAAAGAACGAUUAUUAGUGGCGUAGGAGACGUGGCAUUUGCACACCAUCGUAAAGAGACAACCAGUGUCGGUGAAGCACGAGCAACAGGUAUUACAAAAAAUGGUUCUGUGUUGCAUCGUACAUUGAUGAUGCAAAAUAAUGCUCUUGGUGAAAAUAAUGAAUGGUAUACUGUGCCUAUCCAUACACGUAUUCAGGAUAGCGCUGCGUUGGCAGCCGUUGGAGGUGAUGAUUCAGCUGGUCUGGCAGCUAUACGUGCAGAAUUUACAAAUAUGGAAGAAAUCAAAAUUAUGACAUUUACCGGUUCACCAAUAGCUUGA